AAGUAUACCAAGUCGCACCGGUACUAUUUCGACAAACUGACAGUACUACUCUAUUUUCAUCAGACAACUUCUAUCAAGCAACCCCUUUACUCUCCCAUUCAAUCAUGGCCCGCACCAUCCUCAUCGCCGGCGCAACCGGCAACACUGGCCGCAGCGUUGUAGAAACGCUACCAAGCCUACUAGCCUCCAGCAAUACUCUAUCCGACCACCGCGUCAUCGCCCUCACACGUUCCCUCGAUGGUCCAGUCGCCCAAGCCUUCGCCAAACUGCCCGACGUGGAAGUCAUCGAGCAGAGCUGGGUCGAAAUCACUGCCGACUGGCUGCGCAAGCACGAGGUCGUCCGAGCCUUCAUCGCUUCACACAACGACCCGAACCAAUUCGCCGAAGAGUCCACUUUCCACCAGGCUGCCCUCAAAGCUGGCGUCGAGUACGUCGUACGGAUCUCAACCACUGCCCCCAACGUUCGCCCGGACUCUAAUGCCUACUAUCCGCGUUCCCACUGGGCCAUCGAGGCGCUCUUGGGCUCGGAGGAAUACAGCACCUUAAAGUGGACGUCCCUCCAGCCUAACGCCUUCUCGCAAUUCUACUUCUCCUCUGCCCUCGAGUUCAUCAAGAAGUUCCGCGAGACCGGAAAGCAGGAUACACUGGGGCUGAUGGCCGCCAAGGAUGCACCUGUUGGCAUCAUCGAUCCCGCGGACGUCGGUGUCUUUGCGGCCCACCUUCUCGCUCAAGACGAUGUGUCGGUGCACAACAAGGCUAAAUAUGUGAUGAACGGACCGGAGGAUAUCACCGGGGAGCAACUCGUGGGCAUGGUCGAGCAGCAGAUCGGAACGCGGGUUGAGAAUGUGAGUUACAAGGACAUGUCGUUUCUCGAUUCUUACCUGGAGUUCCGGUUCGCGGGAACCCAGGAUUCCAAGAACGUCGUCUCCUCAAUAAAGCAUGCCCUGGAGGUGGUGUGGGAGGGAAAGUGCUCGGCUUCUACUACCAGUAAGGAAGUGCUGGAGCUUGCUGCGCCGAAGCGUACGCCUGCCGAUGUGUGGAAGGACAUGCUGGAGGGAUAGAGAGAUGAUAUACUCUGUUGACUGCUUC